AUGAAAUUCUCCACUGCGAUUUUGAUUGCUCUUGCCAAUGGAAAAGAUCUCAGAGGAAAAGACGCCAGAGAGUUGCUUCAAGAAGCCCAACAUAGAAUAAGGCAGAUUGAGGAAACUGCGCCACAAAUUACGAUCGGUGAACCAGAUCUUCCUCCAAAACCUGAUGUGAUUUUAACGAUGGUUGGUGAGCCUGAAGUUCGUUACCCGGAAAACAUGCCUCCCCCACCGCCGCCACCAGUUGAUGGCGAAAACUCGGAAGGAGUCAAGGAGCCACCUAUGCCCCCUAUGCCAGCUUUGCCUGUUUACAACGCCGUGUACUUCGGAGUCAAAGAUUGCUCACUUGAUUCAUCAGUUCAGUCUGAAUUAUGCGAUGCAGCAAAUCCAUCUCAAUUUGCCCUUCGCCGCCCAGUACAGGGAAAAGAUUCAAUUUGCACGUGCCACGAUCCAUUCACCGGACAGAUGACCCGCUGGAACCGACCAUGCUCUGAAUCGUGUCCGUCUGAAGCUGGCAAGACGUGUAAAGAAAAGCGGGACGCAGAUUUAAGAAUGCUAGAAGACGCUCAAAAUAAUGGACAUUACAUCGCGGAUUUUACGCCAACUGAAUGCAAUGACGAAGACGAGGCUCUUUUCAGCGAAAAAAGUUGGAUGUGGACGGGAGACUGUUUUUGCCACAGUCCAGCAACUGGCGUCGUCAUGGGUGGCCCCGUCACUUGCAGCUUCGACUGCCCAACUGUUCAACAGGGGGCCCUUGCAUUUCCUUCCAGUUAA